AUGCCCUUGUUUGACGAUGGCGACAGCGCCCUGCUCAAGAAGUGGGUCGUCACCCGCCUAGAAAACAUAUCCGAUGCAGAUUCAGACGUCCUUGCCGAUUAUGUUCUCGCGCUCCUUAGGCAUGAGCAGAGUGAAGCUGAGGUCAGGCAGAUGUGCAUCGAUCAGCUCGAUGACUUCCUACGCGAGCGUGAGUUACUCUUUUUCUUCUUUUUAAAGCCCCUUCCAUCGCCUAAUCGACAACCAUUAUCUUCUAAGGUACCGUUUAUUGACUGGUCGCAUACUAUUUGUCUAGACACUACACCAUUCGUCGAUCAGCUAUUCGCUGCUUUACGUUCAAAAUCUUACCUCUCAGUGAACUCUACCCUACAUAGCGGUCUCCUAACCACUACCGUCCCACAUGCCGCACCGGUCUCGAUACCCCAGCCGACACCUAUCCAAGAUGACGCUGAUUCGGAGGACUCUUACACCCCCAAAAGUCCAGGCGUGCCUCCUCCCCAACCAGUCCAACAAAACACCAACCCAAAAAAGCGCGGCUACUACGACAGAGACGCUCCAGGCGCCGGUCAACAACAGACAGGGAGCCAUUAUACCAACUCUCGGAAUAAGAAUCCAAAGACACAAGGUAGAGGUGGCAACCGUAACGCCGGGAACGGCUCUUUCGACCCUUACAGCAAAUGGGCACGUGGGGGAGGUGACUUUGGGAGGAGCGGACAGCAGCAAGGACAACUGCCGCGCCAACAGGUUCCUCAAGCGGCAUUCCCAAUGAAUAUGAUGCCUGGCCCCGCUGGUGCAUUGGCGCUCCCUAACCCUCAGAUGCCAUUUGGGACGGACCCGAUGACCCAACUGUUAGCUGCGCAGGCGGUAGCAAGCCUGCAGGGCGGUUGGAACCCGCUAGCCAUGUUCCACCCGCCUCCAAAUAUGAUGUCUACCCCCGAACCCCGUCAAAAUAACCGGGGGAAGAGGGGCGUAUGCCAUAGUUUCGAGCAGAAAGGAUAUUGCAGAAGGGGCGACAGUUGUCCAUAUCUGCACGCUAGUCCGCUAGUCGUUCCUCCGCCUAUGACACCACAGGUGAAGGGUCAAGAUGAAGAUGAAUACGACCCUCAUACGCCCAUGCUUUCCCCUCAGGACCUCGAACGUCGGACCAGCGCCUCGUUCCCUCCAAAAACCACCCCACAACCACGUGGCGGUGGGGUGCAACGUGGUGGAAGAGGCGGCGCACGUGGUGGAAGGUCGGAAUUUUCGGCAUUCGGCCCCCCUAGGAAUGUUCACACGAAAACACUGGUGGUGGAGUCUAUACCUGAUGAUAAACUCGAUGAACAGGCCAUCCGUGGAUACUUCGCAGCAUUUGGGCCUAUAGAAUCUGUGGAGGUUAAGGCCGAGAAUAAACUUGCUAUUGUCAAAUUUGAGAAUCAGGAGGACGCAAAGAAAGCACAUAGUUCUCCCGAACCAAUCUUCAACAAUCGAUUUGUUAAGGUUUACUGGAUGAAAGGAGAAGGCGAUGGACAUCCGGCACCGCAACACCAGCAACAAAGCGAAGACCAACAAUUUCAACAAGAUGAGAUGGAGGUUGAUAUGGAGGAUUUCCAGCGGAAGCAGGAAGAAGCACAGAAGGCACAUGACGAACGAAUGGUGAAGAAGAAGGAAAUCGACGACCAAGCUAAGAAACUGGAGGAGAUGAAGGUAGAUUUAAUUCGGCGCCAGGAGGAAGAGAAGAAGAAACUCCUUGAAAAGCUAGCAAAGAAACAUGCUGCUAAAGGAGCUACGAACGGGGAUGCCGAGACCCUGGAUACAAGCAACAAGGAAUCUAAAGAAGCCCAACAGACAGCUGCUCUGAAGGCCCAACUUGAGGCAUUGGAAGCAGAGGCUACUUCACUAGGGAUUGAUCACUCGAAGUUGGAUGAGUCGCUGUCCGAAUUUCAUCAAUCGUCCUAUAGAGGUCGAGGUUCAUUUAGAGGCCGUGGUGGGUUUGGGGGAUACCCGACCCGUGGAGCAUAUCCAGCUAGGGGGAGAGGCGUCUAUGGUGCAUACCGUGGCACAGCUCCGUUCGCCAGAGGCCGAGGAGGUGCUCCGAUGGCCAAGAAAAUGACAUUAGAUAACCGGACUAAGACAGUUAUGGUUAACGGUGUGUCUGAAGCCAAUAUUGAGCCUUUGCAGCAUUUCUUGUUGGCCUGUGGAAGUCAAUAUACGAAGCUUGAUAAAAACCCUGAUGUCGAGGACUCUCACAUUAUCACAUUCAACACUCGCGGCGAUGCUGCCAGGUUUUUCCAUUCGAACCCUGACAUUCCCCAAGUCGGAAAAGUUUCUGUGUCCUGGGUGGAAAACCAUGCCAAUACCGGGAGUAACGGUCAGGGUCCGACAGGUGGCGCAGAGAAUGGUUACGAUUAUGGAGACUCCAUGGAUGCGGAGUCCGGUAUCCCCCAAACAGAGAAUGGGGGAGGAGAAGAGGCUGGGCUUGGUCAGUAUGAUGUGUACGAUAUGGCGGAUGAAGAUGACGAUAGUAGGUGGAAUUAA